UGGACGUGGACGAACACUCGUGUGACUUCUGAAUGAAUAUUAUUAUUUUUCCGGUAAAAUCAAUUUAAUGCUAUAUGAAAAAUGAUGCACAUACUGAAAAAACAGAUUUUGAGACAUGUUAUGAAGCACAGGAGUGUUAACACAUGGUCCCCUCUUGCAACAGCAUUUAAUUCUAUUGCCAAAGACAAAUAUGAUUUUGACCUGUCCAAAAAAGAAACUGGAUUAUUUGGUAUAUCAGAAUUGAAAACACCAGAUGGAUUUCAUAUUUUAAAAGAGCAAGCAAUGUCUCAAACAGAUACCUUAAUAACAGAGGCUACCAGUCCAAACAGAAAACGUAAGAUGGUAGAAAUUUUUGAUGAUAUGUCUGACACACUGUGCAAGGUUGCAGAUCUAGCAGAGUUUAUCAGAGUUGCACAUCCGGAUAAACAUUUUGUCAGAGCUGCAGAAGAUGCUUGUAUAUUUAUCAGUGGUAUAGUAGAAAAGUUAAAUACUCAUCGUGAGCUAUACAAUGCAUUACGGCAUGUUGUAACUGAUGGAGAUGUUCAAGAAACAUCUUUUGUGGACAACCAUGUGGCUAAAUUAUUCCUUUUUGAUUUUGAACAGUGUGGUAUACACUUACCCGAAUCGAAAAGGGAAACAGUUGUACAGUUGAAUGAUUAUAUAUUACAAGUAGGUCAAAAAUUCAUGGCAGGUGCAGGCAAUCCACGAACUGUGGAAGUUGGCAUUCUUCCUCCUGGUGUAAGGGAACAUUUUACAAUGAAGGAUAAUCAGAUAAUAGUGCAAGGGCUUUAUGUAGAUUCUUCUAACAAUCUGGUUAGAGAAACAGCAUAUCGUAUAUUCUUAUAUCCAGACAAGGAGCAAGAAUAUCUCUUGCAAGAACUUCUGAACUCCAGGCAUGAGUUGGCUAGAUUAUGCGGAUUUCCGUCGUAUGCUCAUAGAGCUGUGAAGGGAAGUACGGUAGAGACGCCAGAAGUAAUAUAUGAUUUUCUUAAUAUUCUAAACGAUAAUCUGAAACUCAAAGCGGCACAAGAUUUCCAACAGAUGCAACGAAUGAAAGAUGCGGAGACUAUUACAAAACAGGACAUAAUGCCAUGGGACACUCCUUAUUUCAUGGCAAAAGCGAAAAAAACUUGGUUAAACAUGUCAAGUACUGAGUUUACUCCAUAUUUUUCUCUCGGUGCCUGUAUGGACGGAAUAAACAUUUUAACUCAAGCACUGUAUGGUAUUCGAUUGGAAUCUAUGCCAGCCUUAUCGGGCGAAGUUUGGGCCAAUAAUAUACAGAAAAUUACAGUGAUAGAUGAGAACGAAAUAGUGCUGGGCUGUAUAUACUGUGAUUUCUUUGAGAGAGAAGGAAAACCUAAUCAAGACUGCCAUUUUACUAUUAGAGGAGGAAGACAAUUAGCCGAUGGAACUUAUCAAAAUCCUAUAGCAGUAUUAAUGUUAUCAUUACCACCACCGAAAUGGUCUAAUCCAUGCUUAUUAAGUCCUGCUUCUGUAGAAAACUUAUUUCAUGAAAUGGGCCAUGCAUUACAUUCUAUGUUAGGCAGAACACAGUAUCAGCAUGUAACUGGUACCAGAUGUAGUACAGAUUUCGCAGAGGUUCCAAGUAUAUUGAUGGAAUACUUUGCAAGCGAUCCAAGAGUUGUCUCCACGUUCGCAAGACACUUUCAAACUCUCGAACAAAUACCGAACACUUUAUUAGAAAAGUUACACGUCUCCAAGAAUAUAUUCUGCGCUUCUGAGUUACAAAAUCAAGUGUGUUAUAGUAUGUUGGAUCAAGUAUAUCACAGUGGAAAGUUGGAAAAAUCGUCUAUUGCGAUUUUAAAAGAAAUACAAGAGAAAUACUUUGGACUUCCCUAUGUUGAAAAUACAGCAUGGCAUUUAAGAUUUUCUCACUUAGUUGGAUACGGUGCAAAGUACUAUGCUUACUUAAUUUCUCGUGCAAUCGCAUCUUGGAUAUGGCAAACUUAUUUCCAAGCAGAUCCUUUCAAUCGUACUGCUGGUGACCGAUAUCGGAAAGAAUGUUUGGCACAUGGAGGUGGUAAGCCCUCUUCUAUAUUGGUGUCUGAUUUUCUGGAUAAGGAAGCCAGCGCCAGCAAUUUUGCGAAGUCUUUACUGAACGAGAUUGAUAUGAGAACCGAACAAGUACAUUUUUAUAAGAAUACAAUAGACCAAUAAAUUUUAUAACAAAAAAUUUAUAAAACAAAGACGGAAGUAGAAAUGUCUCUAUAUGAAUAUUGUACAGUCAUUGGUACUCGAA